UUUAAACAUCCCUGGUAAACAUCGGUGUUGCUGAUGUAUCGAAAACAUGUAAAUGUGCAUAUGCAUACAUUUAUGAACAUAAAUAUAAAUUAUGACAGAUGUAGUCGAAUAAUUACCAAAAUCUUUCACAGGUUCUUCUGAGAAGCUUUAUUUACUCAAUAAAUAUUUUAGAAAUAAUGUUUCAGUUACAAUUAAAUUAUUGUUAUUUUAAGCGAGCCCGUUAGUUUGUUUAGUACAGGAAGUAUUAUUUGCCAUUCGAAGUUUAGCCAUUCUAUAUGAUUACAUGCAUAUUCUAUGUACUUACUUACAUAGGAGUGUACGCGAGGUAUACCCAGAGAUACUAACUUGGUAGAGAGGACGACAUUAAACCUGGUUAUCAGCCAUGUCAGAGAGCGGAUAACACACACGACGGCACGCAAUUAGAAGUGGCGUAGUACCGGGGAAAUGGAUAAAAUCAGAUCAGAACGGGGGGCACCCGAUGAAUAAGCCACGUUAUCUCGGAAGCUCUCUUUCCGCGAAAUUCUGUUCGUUUUUCAGUAUCGCGAGAACCGUCGGACCAUAAGUACGCGCCAAAGCUACUGCGACACAGGGUGAGCAAGCGAAAUAAAGAUAGGAAACGAAACAAGCACACGCAGACCAAAGGGAUAAUGGUUUGGUGGAGCAAGAAAAGCGAGACGGAUCGCAUCCAGCCUAGUCUGCAGGACACGCGGACGCGGGUAAAGACGACGAGCGCUGCUACGAAGACGACCAACACUGCCGUGCAGAACUCAACCAUCACGGACAGCAAUAAACAGACUAUUACCUAUCUCUCCACCCGUCAGACGGUGACGCACACGCAGAGGGCGCUGAUCACGGAGACGACAACGCGCCGCACUCCCAGCCAGGCGGAGUUGGAGGCCUUUUUUGCCCAGAUGCAAAUGGGUGGUAAGGGCGCAACAGGCACUACCACCGCUACCACCACAACCACAUCCUCCCGUUCCCGGCCGCCAAGCUUAAACGGGGUCUCCUUCCGCUCCACACAGCCAUUUAAGGCCACGGCCAGCAAUGCCGGCAAGCGAUCUAGUACGCUGGUUAAGACCGAACAGACAACUGUGACUAAAAGGAAUGGGCAAACUGUUACUCAGCACGUGGAGACGAAUCGGGUAGAUCUCAAAGACAAGGGUAGUAAAAGUAAUUGGGAGCCGUUCACUGCCAAUAGCUCGUCCUCUACCUACGUCUCACCCUACGCCCAGAAACCCAGUCUGGCUUUAACCUACACAUCUCUGUAUGCCAAACCUUCAGAAACUACUAGCUCCAGUGCCAGCUCCGUUUCGAGUCUAUCGAAGCCAGUGCCAUCCAACUCCUCUUUUUCGAUCUUCUUUAAGUCCACCCCAAAGCCAUCUGACAAGGCCUCUACUGCAUUUCCCAAACCGUACAUUAGCCUGGGAACUUCAGCGCCCAGCGGCAAGUCCAAGGUCGCUGAGACUGUACGUACCCUUGACGCCCAAGGCACCAAUCCAACUAACCUCAGUACCUUCAAAUCUAGCGUAACUAAGAAUAAACUUAAACCCGCCAGGGUGUAUAUUUUUAACAAUGAGCGGUUUGAUAACAAGAACGAGUUCCGUACGGGCAGUGGCCAGGAUGUGAGGGUCUUACUUGCCACUUUUGAACAACUAAAGUGCAAGGUAGAGGUCAUUACGGAUGCCACUCUCGCCACUAUCAAGAAGACGGUGCGAAUGCUGGAAACGAAAGACUUUGAGGACAAAAGCGCUCUGGUUCUAGUAAUACUAAGUCAUGGAACGCGACACGAUAGACUCGCGGCAAAGGAUGACGACUAUUCACUAGACUAUGACGUGAUUUUUCCCAUCCUGCGUAACCGGUCGCUGAAGGACAAGCCCAAGCUUCUUUUCGUCCAGGCCUGCAAGGGCGCCAACGAGCUGGGAGGUUUUAUGACGGAUGCCGCCCAGCCAAAUGGGUCUCCCAAUGAGAUCCUUAAGUGUUACAGCACCUACGAGGGAUAUGUAUCCUACCGUACGGAAGACGGUACUCCGUUCAUUCAGACGCUGUGUGAGGCUCUCAAUCGGAUGGGCAAGACUUCUGACAUCGACACCAUAAUGACUGAUGUGCGACGCGUGGUUAAAAACCAAACCAGAGACGGCCAAAUCCCAUCUGUUACUAGCACCCUUACCUCUAAGUACGUUUUCGGAGACUACAUUUGAUGUACAUAGUAUUCUUAACAAUAUAUUUAACUCAAUAUUAGACAUUACACUUACAUAAAUGACAAGAUGUAGAAAAGUCAUCGUUGUGAUUCGUGGACAAUAAAACUUAUAGUUAAAUUCUAAUCAAUAUACAAAGUAAAAA